AUGGCGUCAGAUCUACAUGCGUAUGGACCUGUGAAUCUCGAUAAAGCACGCCAAGAGUUUCGUCAGCAGAUUGAUGCUAUCCGUUCUGUGUGUUUACAAUUCGAAAACGAAGUGUUGGGCGAUGUUAUGAAAAUGGGAGCAGGAGCCGAUCCAGCCUUUCGCAAACAUUUCACGCAUCUCAAAGAACAAGCUGCCUUGGAGAGUACAGUGAGAAAAGUCAAAGAUGCAUUAAAGCAAACAAAGGACCACUUGGAGCAAUGCGUAACGGAAAGAGAAGAAUCGCGACUAAAAAAGUCGAUCAAGUCAUUGGAACGUAUUGCGCAAGGCAUGGGACUUGUCACUUUUGUCGACUCUUCUCAGACGUCCGAAUCUGGCGUCCCGUUAACCACCCUCACCUUGGGUGGCACCGUGAUUGUCGUUGAUAUCGAUAUGGAUGACACAGGUCAUGUUCUGAAAACCAAAGUGACCUAUGUAUCGGAAAUACUUCAAAAUGAUCAUGAUGACCGCUUAGAUCGCAUGUUGGCAGAAAUUCUUCGAACUGAGGAUUACGACCUGUUCCGUCGCAAUCUUGGAACCCUGGCCCUGCUGGAUCGUCUGAACGUCAAAUACACACCGACCAAUUUUUUUUUGCUGACAAGAGGAUUGGUAGCAGAUAUGCGAUCAAUAUGCAGUCAAGAAGCCCUACUGGUGUCGGGGGAUAUGGGAACAAUCCUGAUGGAGGGUCACGGCGUGCCCAGUUUGUACCUGGAUUACCCCGGCCUUAGUAUUGCUUACUGGAUAGACAAAAAAUCGAUGCUCGACACGGAUUGGGAAAGUGUACGGAAAUCAGUCGAGAAUGGAGAUAAGCACACAGCGCUUCGUCCUGCUGCCAAGCUCAACAUCUCUUUCGAAGCUUCUGAACAGUCUCACUACUUUCUGCCACCAUCAAGGACACGCUAUUUAUUGAGUUUGGAAGAGACAGAAGAUUACAUUUUGGAAGGCGAAAACGGGAAACAUAUGAAAAUUCUCAGGGAAACGGCCUGCCCAAAGUUCAUGCAACCCAUGCGAUUUAUCAAAGUAUUAUCAACGCACCCGGAAGCGGCGGCUAUUCCUGUAAGAAUGGUGGCCACCCUUGACCCUCCUCUUCCUGCUUCAGAUACGAUUAUACAAAGUCUGAUGCGUAUCACUGGAUACAAGAAACAAGGUAAGUUUGGACGGGUGAUUGUCGGUCGUCUACAUUAA